AAUUGUCGUCCCUCUACUUUAAUAUUUUAUUCGUUCUUGUCCCUCUACUAAGGACAUGUUCGUUGUCGUCCCUCUACUCUACCAAAGAGCCAAAACGUCGUCCCUCUACUUCGCUUUUUUUGUUCGUUGUCGUCCCUCACCUAACACCGUUCAUGUUGCCAUCACUGCUGACCGUUAAGUCCUAAACGGUGUUUUAAUGCACCAGGAGUACAGUGUGCUUGAUUACAAAGAGAAAGUGGUUGAUGGUUUCUAUGAUGUGUAUGGGCCUUCCACAAAUUCAGCACUCCAAGGAAAAAUGCUAUCUCUUGCAGAUCUUGAGACAAAUCUUGGGAAUUAUGGCUUUGAAGUUGUGAUUGUGAAUCGAACAAUUGACCCUGUCUUAGAAGAAUUGAUGCAAAUUGCACAUUGUAUUGCAUUAGAUUACCCGGCUAGUAACGUUAGUGUUUUAGUCCAAAAGCUUGCUGAAUUUGUUACAGGCCAUAUGGGUGGACCCGUUAAGGAUGCUGAUAUAAUGUUGGCAAGGUGGAUGGAUAGGAGCAUGGAAUUGAGAACAUCUCUUCAUACAAGUUUAUUGCCUAUUGGGUCCAUUAAUAUAGGAUUGUCUCGGCAUCAUGCUUUACUUUUCAAGGUAUUGGCUGAUAAUAUAAAGUUACCUUGUAGACUUGUAAAAGGCAGUCAUUACACUGGGGUUGAGGAUGAUGCUGUAAACAUGGUUAGGCUGGAGGAUGAAAGGGAUUUUUUGGUUGAUCUCAUGGCAGCUCCUGGGACACUUAUACCUGCUGAUAUUUUCAGUGCAAAGGAUACCGCUUUGAAGUCAUAUAAUCCAUCACUAAGCAAAAUCCCGACUAUUUAGUUUUCUGAUGAUGUUGGAGGUGUUCACCCAAGAGCCAAAUUAAAUGGUGAAGGCAGUAGCCAAAGUUCUGCAAUUAAUGGUGGUUUUCCCUCAGAUAGGGGGAUCAAGUUCAAAAAACACAGAAUACUUAU